UUCACACGCCAGCACGAGCGCCAUUACAGAUCCCGCCAUGCGCGCGUGACACAGCAGGCCGCGAGACGACUGAUCGAAUUCAUCGAGAAUAAAUCGAGUAAAAGCGUGUUUUAACACACGGAUCGAUUGGGCGUAUUUAAAUGCCUUUCGAUUGACGUGCGUCGCCAUCAGAUCUGAGCCACAAUGACGUCCAGCACGAAUGUGAUUCAGGUGACGAAUGUGUCGCCCAGCAGCACGGCGGAGCAGAUGAGAACGCUGUUCGGAUUCAUCGGAAACAUCGACGAACUCAAACUCUUCCCUCCAGAUGAUUCUCCCUUGCCUGUGACUUCACGUGUCUGUUUUGUAAAGUUCCACGAGCCGGAAUCAGUCGGCGUUUCGCAGCACCUGACGAACACUGUCUUCGUGGACAGAGCCCUGAUCGUCGUCCCUUUCGCUGAAGGAGUGAUUCCUGAUGAGUCGAAAGCUCUGUCACUGCUUGCCCCAGCCAAUGCCGUUGCAGGAUUGCUACCAGGGGGAGGGCUUCUGCCCACGCCAAACCCGGUCCCAUCUAUUGGUGGAGUUGGUCUUGGUGGUCUUGGAGGGCCUAACUUGGAUCCCAUGGCAGCUCUGGCCAUGGCAGCACCAAAUUCUUUGUCAGCUGAGCAACUUAUGAAGAUAAUGGCAUCCAUGGACCCCAAGUUGAAUCCUCUCACCGCUGGGCUAAACUUGACUCCUGGAUUGAAGGCUGACGCAUCAAAUAAAGAGAUCGAGGAGGCCAUGAAGAGGGUGAGAGAGGCGCAGUCUCUGAUCUCGGCUGCCAUCGAGCCUGGAAGUAAGAAGGAUGAUAAACGGAAGCGCUCCAGAUCCAGAUCCAGACGCAGGAGGUCCCGUUCCCGUUCAAGACACAGGCGUUCUAAGAGUCAUUCCAGACGGAGAUCUCGCUCCAGGAGCCGUAGGAGGUCAAAGAGCCCCAGGAGGAGGAGGUCUCAUUCCAGGGAUCGCAGCAGACGUUCCCGGUCCAGGGAUCGAAGGAAGGAUGACAAGAUCAGGAAACGUUCAAAAACGCCACCGAAGAGCUACAGCAGCGCCAGACGGUCACGCAGUACCAGCCGUAAACGGCACAGGAGAAGUCGCAGCAUGUCUCGUUCUCCAAAGAAAUCCCGAUCUCCCAAGAGAAAACUGUCCCGCUCGCCAUCUCCCCGCAGACAUAAAAAAGAGAAAAAGAAGGAUAAAGAUCGUGAGAGAGACCGUGACAGAGACAGGAAAGAUGAUCGGGACAGAAAUCGAGACAAAAGAGAACGUUCCACCAGCAAGAAGAUCAAAGACAAAGAUAAGGAGCGAGACAGGAAGUCAGACAGUGAGAAGGGAAAUCUGAAGGUGACCAGGGAUUACGAUGAGGAAGAGCAGGGUUACGACAGUGAGCACGAGGAAGAGCGAGAGAGGAACUCUGACACCGCCUCGUCACCGCAGGCCAAAGAGCCUCAAGCAGACAGCGCAGAUGAUGCGGGACGCGGAGAGUCGGACGGCAACAGCGAAGACCAGCGAGACGAAGACAUGGACAUGAGCGACUGAAAACAGCCCAAUCCCACUGAUCAGUGUUUCUCUCAUUGUUAAAUAGAGUUUGGAUCGAGGAAAGCUUCUCCUACAUUAGUCUGACAACUCUUUCCUCUCUGAACAGAUUCAUUCCUUUUUGUUCGUUUUUUAAACUCUGCAUCCUCAGAAUCUGCUGUAUUUAGCUACUGGUACAUGCUUGUCUUAAAUGUGUACUCCCAAGAUUUUAGAGCCGUUUUCUUUCGAUA